AUGUUGCGAGUACGCCAAUGCUGCCUAUUCCCUCGUUUGUCUCCGAUUGCUAUAAAGCCCCGCCCCGCCCCGAUAGUCCCCUCUCCUGAUCGCAAGUUUCAUAGUGGGGUGUCCUCCAAGGCUGCUCUGGGAACAAUCAGCACUCAUUAUACUCCUGUCACUUUCCGCACAUGCUAUCAUAAAUCCUCGAAUCCACCCCAGUUCUCUGUCCGCAACAACCAGUCCGUUGAGCCCGACAUGGAGUCAACAAAUGCAUCGGCGUUCGACGCCUCAAGUAUGGACAGUCGCGUUUGUCAUGAUGGUUCCAAUUCUUCCGUGGUAGGGGAUGAUAAGCCUGCCUGGAGACCGUAUAAAGACCGCUGGGCUCGUCAGAAAAUGAGGAACACCAAGCGCAACGGCACAGAGGAUUCCGGCACGACGGCUCCGGGAAAUGCUCCCCCAUCUGCUCGCCCGCGGCAAAAGCUACCACGACGGAGCAAACAGGUAGCCGAAAAGAACAUUCGGGAAGAGAUGCAAUCACAAGCAUCACAGUCUGCCAAUACAGCGUCCUAUGCACCAGGUCAUCCAUCCCAGAACAGCUUUGGGACAUUUGACAACUUCAAUCUGGCACCUAUGUUUCUCCCGUUCCAGAACGGCAUGGCUGCGCCAAACGAAACUUUUCCAGGGUUUCAGCAGCCUUUCUGGCAGCUCCCAUUGGAGCAACAGCAACAGCUUCUUCAAGCUCCUUUGGGUGAGCCCACUAAUCCUUCUUUCGGUUUCCCUCCGUUGAAUGACAUGAGUGCGUUCCCUGGUGGAUUGCCUCCCAUGUUCCCGCCUGCAUUCAUGAACUUUGCGCCAACGAAUCCAUUGAUGACAAUGCCGCCAUUCGGGCCCAUGACCUUCCAAGCAGCUGGCUCUGCUGGAGUCAAUACCCGCAACAUGUCCAGUCAGGUUCCAUCGCCACGCCCGGGGUCUUCAUCCAAGGCACGCGCUAGUCCUCGCCCUCGUUCGAAGAGGUUCGAGUCUCCGACACCACCUAAAAGAGCUCUUCCAACACUAGCCUACCUUGAGCAGUCAUCAAAACCAGCCAAACGGAACUCCUGGAAACAGCCUCUACUAGUCAUCUUGGACUUGAACGGCACGCUCGUCCAUCGGCCUGACCGGUACAUGCCGCCUCGAUUCAAGCGAAGAGCGGGACUAGACAUCUUUAUACAGACAUUGAUGCAGAAAUACAAAGUCAUGAUAUGGUCGAGUGCCCGUCCCCCCACCGUCGACGGCAUCUGCCGCCAGCUCUUCAUCAAUGACAGCCGGACGCAAAUCGUCGCCGAAUGGCACCGCGAACACUUCAACCUCACACCACAGCAAUACGAUGCCAAAAUUCAGGUCUACAAGACCCUCAGUACCGUCUGGGCUGACGAAAAGGUCCAAGCCUCAUACCCCAGCCCCGAAAGCCUGGGCUCAUCCGUACCUGGAACCUUCCAAAAGACCCGCUGGGACCAAACCAACACCAUCUUAAUCGACGACACCCGCCUCAAAGCAAGCAGCGAACCAAGCAAUCUCCUCGAAAUCCCCACCUUCGACGGACACUCCGGCGCAGAAGACGCGGCCACAUUAACAAAGGUUCUGCAAAUGCUCGAGGAGCUAUCCUUACACGACGACGUCAGCCAAGUCCUCCACAAAUGGUACAACUCGAUCCCCAAAACUGGCAACCUGUGUCUCGACAUCAAGCUCCAAGACGACGCCGAAGCCCAACAACAACAACAACAACCCGAAACCACCCAACAACAACCCCAACCCAAACCCAACGACGUUCCCCUCACCCCAGCUGAAAUCGCCGAGGCACGCAAACAACGCCGCAAAGCCCGCAAGCGCGAAAAGACCGCCGAGAAAGCCAGGGCCCGCCAGAUUCAGAAGCAAGAAGAUCGUCUUGCCGCUAAAGCGAAAAAGCAGCAACAACCUCCUCCUACAUCUAUCCCAGUGGCCGCCGCCGUCUCUUCUACUGUCGAUGAAACAAAUACCGGCACACCACGUACAGACCCUUCCUCAUAUCCUCCUCCCUCCCCAUCAUCGCCUUCUUCUGACUCGACACCGGGUGGCACUGCCAUACCAUCCGGACUUGAUCUAAAUGAAAACGUCAGUAAUACUUUAGGUGACGGUGAUGCAAGUGAUCGUUCGCCAUCACCUGCCGUUUCGACCCAGUCUGAGAAUUAUCUUUUGGAUCGGUUGGAGGAGUCAUUGAAAACCGGUUGA